UUACGCUGUGAUCCUGAAGAGGAAAGAAGGAUUGCUCUUCAUCUUGGACUUAAAGAAGCUCAGCACUCAUUUACAAACUGAUGUUCAAGAUUGCUGCAUUAGCUAUCAUUAGAGGUGCACCGAUACAUUGGUCCAAUAUCUGAUCAGUACUGAUAUAUGUCACAACCCAAGGGUGUGAUUUUUGUUUUGUGUGUGCUUCGGCACUGCUAAAUUAUUUCCCGCCGCUUGUAGCUUUCUUUGCAGGGUGCAUUUCUAGGUUGCACAAGGGAAAUGCACGGUGCAAAGAGUUCCCGCCACCCGCAUGCAAAUUUGUGUCCUGCUAUUGGCUAGUUCUAAAUUAUUCCCACGUGGCGGCUAGCGAUUGGCUUGCUAGCCGUAUAAGAGGCUUGAGCGGUUUCCGCCCAAGUUGGAGGACUCCACGACUAUCAGGAGGAAGAGAACUUCACGUCUCGCGAAGAUCUCUAAGCGCUGCGGAGCCUAUUGGACCCAGCGUGUAUAUCAAGAAGGCUGUAGGGGUCUGAUCAGCCUCUCACCUCUCCCCGUCGCUGCCUAAUCCCUUGACGUACCCUUCCCUGCGCGCAAGUUCCACGAAGCCUAGCAAACUUCGUGUGAGUGUAUCCAGAACUCUGUCCGAGUCGAGUGAAACUGCAACGUAAGCGAAGUUUUCCUGCCUGCACCGCGACCAUCUUCGGUGUGUAACAGAUAGCUUAAAAAUAACUCCAACUGACCAGCCUAUGAUCGAAAAAGCUCAAGGAGAGAAAGUUACGUUGCCAUGUAUGUUCACACUCUCACAAGAAGAUGAAGGCCCAUUAGAUAUCGAAUGGGUUUUAAUACCAAUAGAUAAUCAAAAGAAUGAACAAACUAUAAUUAUGUAUACUGUAGACAGGGUCUAUAGUAAUUACUAUGAAGGCAUGCAUGGACGAAUGCAAUUUUCCAAUCCUGAUCCAAAAUCUGGUGAUGCCUCCUUAGAGAUUCUAAAUCUAAAGUCAACAGACACUGGCACAUACCAGUGUAAAGUGAAGAAGGCUCCUGGAGUUCAGAGCCAAAAAAUACAAUUGACUGUGCUUGUAAAGCCAGCAAGAACUAAAUGCUACGUUGAAGGAUCACAGGAAAUUGGAAGUGACCUGACCCUAAAAUGUGCAGCACAGGAAGGUUCCCCUGUCUUGUCCUACAGCUGGAGAAAACUUACUGGCACUGGCACAGAACAACUUCCGGCUACAUCUUUACUGAAUAAAAACACAGGAGAACUUUCUGUAAAAAAUGCCUCUCAGGAUAACUCUGGUACAUACAGUUGCAUUGUUUCCAACAGAGUCGGCACAGACGAAUGUUUUCUUGUGCUGAAUGUUACCCCUCCUGUAAAUGUAGGUGGCAUAAUUGCUGGAGCGAUUAUAGGAACAUUGCUGGGGCUCUGCUUACUGGCUUUUCUCAUAUCCUAUGCCUGUAAGAAGCACAGAGAGAAGAAAUAUGAAAAAGAAGUGCAUCAUGAUAUUAGAGAGGAUGUUCCCCCUCCAAAGAGUCGGACUUCAACAGCCCGCAGCUAUGUAGGCAGCAAUCGUUCUUCUCUGGGUUCAAUGUCUCCUUCCAAUAUGGAUGGAUAUACCAAGACUCCAUAUAGCCAAGUUCCAAGUGAAGACUUUGAACGUACCCCUGAACAAAAUCCAAACUUUGCACCACCAAAGGUAGCUGCACCUAAUCUUAGUAGAAUGGGAGCGGUCCCUGUGAUGAUUCCAGCACAAAGUAAAGAUGGCUCCAUCGUAUAGAAUAGGGUUAAGUUUUAGUCCUUUUCUAUUCAUUAUAAGUAUUAACGAAACCUAUCUUGUUCUACUUACAUUUAAAAUGCACAAAAUUUUCCAGGUAGAAAAUGAGCAAGCUAAUUUGAAUCUUCCUUUUUAAUUUCAAGCGUAGUCACAAACCUUCCUUUUAAAUGUCAAACAUAAAGGGUUUGUCUACACAUGCAUUUAUGCUGGCUUAAAUUUAUGCACAGUAAGCAGGAAUAGGCUGGCGUCAACACGUGCAGGCGUUAAAACACAUUAACGCUGUGUGUGGACUGACAGGACUAAAGUUUUAGUCCUGAGUCAGUCCACACACACGGCAUUAUUGCGCGGUAAGGUGUCUACACAUGACAUACUGCACAGUAACUAAUAGGGCAUAAAUUUGAUACCUUUGUCAUGCAGGUAUCAAAUUUAUGCUCAAGUCAGUGUAAGUCGCCAUAUUUACUGUGCAGUAUAGGCCUGCAUGUGUAGAUGCGUGCUCGUACUACAUGGUAAUUUUGGUUACUGUGAAGUAAAUGCACACAUGUAGAUGCGCCCACAGUAUAUUAACAAAGCAUUGAUGUUCCCAGCUAGAUACCAGCACUGACCAUAAUUAAAUUUAAGUUAGGGUGCUGAAAAAAUAUUGUUAGGCUAAUGUGUGAUUCUGAGUAGAAAACAAAAUUGUAAAAAAAAAAAAAAAGCACUGCAAGUGAUAAGACAUUCCAGCUGUACAGCAGAGGUUUGUUAUCAUUCUAGAGACUUUACUCUGUUUGCAGUGACUGAAAUGUUUUAACUCGUUUGGGCCACUCUUCUAUGAAAUCCACAAUAACUGAACUAUGAAAUAAAUAUUUUACGAAAAGUCUGUGAAAAUCUUUUAACUUGAUUUGGAGCAUUUUCUGAAGUGCUGAAACUUAAUUCAGGGACAGACAGUUGCAAUGAACUGAAGCAAUAAACGUGACUUCAUUAGUUCCAACAAGUAAAAUUUAUAACAGACCUAGCAUGAUUUUUGGGAUCCUACAUUUAGUAAAGGAACAAGAACUUAUAGUCAUGCUAAGAAACUUAAACCUCAUUCACGUUUGCUGCCAUUAAAAAAGGCACUAUAAAUGUGUUACUCACAGAACCUAAUCUUUCAAAACUUCAGGUCAGCUGUUCCUGUCCCUUAAGCCAGAGUAUCAAGGUAUAUCCCACAGGCCAGAUCUGUGUGAAGCUGCUCUAUCCUGCCUGGCUACCAGCAGGCCACUGGAAGUGGGGGAGGCAUAGCCUGUCACAGGAUCCAGGGCUCUUAGGCUCCAGUGGAUGUGGUGAUCAGUGGCAGGAGGGAUGAUACAGCCCUAGUCACCCUUCAGCUGCUUUGUCUGUCGCCAGUGCCAUGGCUCCACUUGCUCGUCCACUAGCCCCAUGCUGGACCUGCUGUAUACCCUGUGCUGGAGCUAGAGCUGCCGCCACAGCACAGAACACAUGGCUCCAACCUGGAAUGGUGCCAGUGGUGGCAGCUCUGGCAUGGGGCGUGGUGCAUGUGGCCAGAGCUAGAGCUGCGUCCUGUGCCCCAAGCUGGAGAGAUGCCACUGUCAUGUGGCAUUGGGUAGGAAUGAGCUGCUAUCAUAUACCCAAGGCUAAAUCUAGCCUGCAAAGACCCUGCAAAGAGCGCAGUGGGCUAGAUCCAUUCCAGGGCACAAGGUGAGGUUGGCACUCCUGCCUUAAGGAAUGGACACAGGUCUAUUUACAUCAGUUCUCAACCUGCAGCCCAGUUAGCACACUGCUGCUGUCCAUGUGAUAUCCUGUUAAAACAUUUUUUUUAAUGGGUACACAGGCAGUAAAUUGUGUGGCUGUGGCCCACAUAACACAUUGGAAGCUACAAGUGUGGCCCACCAUGGCAAAUAGGUUGAGAACUCUUGAUCUAGUACUACAUUAUUGUCAAGAUUUUCAAAACCUUGCGAUGACCUUUAAAACAACAGUUUCCUUCCAAAACAGUGGCCUGUUGUUUUUUUCCCUCCCAAAAAUUUAAAUAUUCAGAAACUGUAUUUGACUUCAGUGAAUAGCUGUUAAAUAGUCAACUUUUGGUAAAAUCUGGCCUUUUACUUUGGAAUAUCAUUUUAGAAUACCAAUACCAAAUAGGUCAUUCCAUUCUUGUUGAUAGAAAUAAAGAGUUUUGGUGAAUUCUCUUUGCACUGUGGUUAUCUAAAAAUAACUUGUUGAGAUUUUUUUUUUCUUGGUUGGGGGGGGAAGCCUAACAUUUUGCACCUCUUGCAAACACAGUGCUAUAGAGAAGUAAGUGCUUAUUUUUUUUCUCUUGGUUUCAGACCUACUAAACUACUCUUCAUGAAUUCUAAUAAUGCCUAUUGGGUAGUUGUAGAUAAUGAAUUUAAACUUUCAACCAGUUUGUGUUUUUGUGAAAGUGACAUUUUUCAUAACCGUUUCAUGAAUUUAAAACAUCAAUUGUAGAUAACAAACUGCCAAAUAUUUUAGUAAACUGUAAAGGAAUAUAGUAUGCAGCACUAUGUCUGGUACUGCCUGUGUGAAAGAUACUAGAUAUAUCGCUGUAACAGUGUGAGAGAAAAGGUUUUUCAAGCUUAUAGGCUAUAGUGUCUUUUUUUAAUUGACUAGAUCUGUCUGUGAUAAGCUUUUCAGCUCAUUCCUAAAUAUUUGUCCUAGCACUAAGUAGGUAUACAACUUUUGAUCUGGAUUGUUAUGUAGGGUACAUAUCCUUUCAUACUGAUUUUAGAGAGUGAAGUGAAUAUUAAGUAUUCUCAGUUUUUUGUAUACAAACUUCCUACAUUUGGGACAUCUUUUAAGGUUGUAAUCUUACUGUUAGAACUAAGAGAUUUUCAUCUGUGCCUUUUCAAUAAACUUUAUGCCUGAUUGUAACUUAAUUUUUAAAUGAAAUUUCUGGUGCCUAAAUUACUGUUUGGACAGGUGCUUUUAGAGAUGAAGGUAGUCUUCAAAACACAACACUGUGAUCUGUUUUCUUUAUUUUCACAUAUUGCUUGUUUGUACUUCUUCAUGUCAAUUUUUUGGAUGCGACUUAGGGAAUUUUUCUUAGUGUUAUAUAUUUUAAAGUGCUUUAGUUUUGUUUGAACUUCUAUUUACAAUUAGUGAGUACUGUUACUGUACAUUGCCAACUUUCCUAUUUUAUUAGAAUGGUGGAGGAUUAAGACUCUUUUGUGCUGAAUGCUACUUUCUAGUCAUUUUCCAGACACAACUACACAAGUUAAUUAACAAGGUGUUUUUAAACACUUUUCAAAGUUUGGAGAUGAAGAUAACUAUCUUUCUCACCUGACUAUAAGUGCUAAAGAGGUGCUGUUAAGGUUAAAUGAUAUAUACUCAUAUGUUACCUACCCCAAAAGUAAGGUGUUUAUUAAUUUAAAAAAAUACUGUUGUCUCAGUUGUGAGGAUAAAUUAGCUGUGCAAAACUAGAGCUGACCCAUGGAUUAAAAACCAGCUGUAGGGCUGGACAACCAGUUUACAACCUACUGUGCUUGUUUUAUGUAAUUGUUGACAUGUGAGGUAGUUAACAUUGCAUUUUCUAUUACUCUUGCACUCCCAUCAGGUAAUCAUGAAACACUAAAUCUUAUACUAAUGUAGACAAAAGCAGGAUUUGUACAAGUAUGUCUCAACAUUGCAGGAAUUUUGAAAUAAAAACAUUUUGUGUGCAGUGAAUGGGAAACUGCAAAGCAGCAGAGAACCCCUGGUGCUGGCAUUGUCUAACAGCCAUUGUUUACAACUGUGCAGAGAAGUUUACGUGAUCCAGCAAAUAAUCAUUGCACAUAAACAUGAUUUUAUUUCAAAAUUGCUGCUACUUUUUGAAACUUCCUUGUACGUAUAGUAAACUCAAGUUAAUUUGCUGCAGUACCAAUUUGCUGCUGUUCUAAUACCCAGCUAGCACCAUUCUGCUCCCAGAUUUGUAUUCCCUAUAACUGGCUGCUACUGUUGUUUGCAUUCCAUUUGGAGAGACAAGUUAACCAGAGCAUAAUGUAUUUAAUGCUCUGCCAGUUAACAGGAAAAGUCUGUGUGGACAUAAUGGGAAAACAGCAUUAUGUACCCUCAAGACAUAACUAUCAGGUCUGUCUGUCUGUCAUUGCUUAGGGAAUUAAGGAUGUUGUCACUUCCCAUGACUGUCUGAAAUACAGAAUCCUCUUGACUUGGUAGACUUUACCCAAAACUACCUAAUAUUCAGGCCUUAUUAAAUGGUUAAAGCACUGAGAAGACCAUUUUAUUGCUAUUAUAAAUGGAUUUUAAGUGUCAGUUUUUUCUUUGGAAUUGAUGCAUUCUACUAUUCAAUUUAUAAAUAGUAAUGAUUGUUAAAGCAAAGACUGGUUUAACAGUAUUUUGCCUAUUAAGAGAUUGGAUGGAGGCCAGCAGAUUGCACAAUGUCAAAAAUAAUAGAUAAGACUACUAAGGAAAACUCUUAGAAGAAGUAAGGACAACUGGUAUACCAAUUAGAACACGACUUUAUCAGUACUUCAUUCCAUCAGUUGUAAAUGAUUAAAUCCAAAUGAACUGAAGAAACAAUUACUAGUUACCUCCAUGGCGAUGUAAUUACUUAUCAGCUAAUAUAUUUGCUUGGUACAAAGAAAGCAUUAGUUUUCAUUAAAUAACAAAUUUUGAGGGCAAGGGAAUUAAAUUAGCCCUGUUCUGAAACAGCUGUUAAGUGUUUGGCUUUUUCCCACUGAAAUUUCAUGCAGGUAAAUUUUAAAGUAUGUACUAAAUCUUAAAAAUGUAUUGAAUGCAGCAAGAGAGAAAUUAAUGUAAUUUGUCACUUAUAGUUACUCCAUUAAAUGUGGCAUUUUAUUUAUUCAAUAAGUGCAAAUGGGCAUAUUUAAAAAAAAAUGUUAUCAACUUGUAACAUGUCAUAUUAAAUGUUGGCAUUCUUCCUGCCUAGUAACUAUAUGACUAAAUGCUACAGGCAUGUUUAAAAACAUCCAUUUGCGGAAAAUCUCUAGUUAAAGGAAGUAACUUCUGUAUAUAGUAAUUUUCAGAUGAGGAUUUUUGCCUUUGCCACACAAUCUUUCUUAACUAGAAGUACCUUCCAUCAAGCAUGGUAAGGCCUCAUAAGGCAUUUAGAUCAUGUAACCCCUAUUUAGACAUUGUUUUUAGCUUUCCUGUGGCCUUUGUGUUGGAUCCACAAUAUUGGGGUGCAUUUCAGUUCAACCCAUAGCUUAAAUACCUACUGGAACUAAAGAAGUUAUACACUUCACAAGCACAAAACAUAAUGUUUGAUAUUGGUAUGAAUUUGAGAUUUUGUAUUUAAUUUUUUUUAAGUAUUUAAAGUACAGGCAUUGAAAUUUGUAGGAGUUCAUUUGUAAAGGAAAAAAAACUUUAAUAUACAGUACUGUAGCUUGGUGACAGACUUGUGUACUCUGUUGAAAUAAAAUUGUUAGAGAAAAUAA